GAGCGGCGCCGCUCUGUUCUGUGCGCGGGGCGGGGGGACACGGCCAAACAAACAAUAACCCGGGUGCGUUCUGCCCGUCCUCCGCGGGACAGCGCCGCGCACUUUUGGCGCUCCACGCGUGACAAGCCCGCGGGAGGGGCGGGACCGCCGUGACACCCGGCGGUAACCGCGGCGGGGCUUCCCCCUCCGCUUCUUUCCUCUCCCCACAGCGAUUCCUGCUGAAAUGCGGCGCCCCACGCUGGCAUGAGCCCCGCCGUCGGGAGCAGCGCGCCCCGGGCACCGCCGCUUUCCCUGGCCGCAGCUCGGUGUCGGGAGGAAAGCGCUGUGGCCGCGGAGCCGCCGCUGGCGGCAGCGCCGGACGCCGGGCGAGGGACGGACGUGACUCUCCUUGUCGUGCAACAAAUUGGGACUUCGCACCAGCAGGUCCGAGUGGAGACAGGGCUUUUCUUGGAAGAGCUAAGCGCGCAGGGGAGCCUUGACCCCGGCAUGAGGCUUUUUCCCAACGCAGGGAACUGCAACCCUUCAGCACUGUCAGCUGGCACUGAUCUCCAGUAAUGCCACAGAAAUAUGAAAAUCUAAGACACCAAGUCCUCAGGUACUUGUCUCUUGCUCUGAAUGUGUUAAAAUGGAUUUGCAAAACCGGGGUCUGUUAAUUUAAGAAAGGCUAGGAGAAAGAUAAGAGAAAGAACAAGGGGUGUGGCAAGGAAAUUGCACGAAGUAACAGCUUUAAAGAAAAACUCUCUAUAGUGGAGCUUCAGACUGCCUGAGAGGAAAUAUCUGAUAUGAUAGAAUGUAUACCCAGAUUGCAGAGGGCCAAACUCCUCAUCAGCAUCACUCCUGAACGAGAGCAGCUGGGUCAGAGCUGGCCCAGCACAUCUUUUCAGAAAUUAUCUGAGAGACAGUUCUAUUUAUUGAAGUUUUCGCUCUGGUGGAGAAAUGGCAUUUGGGGACUGGAAGGAGGAGGACGACGAGUCCUGCACAUGAGCUGCUAUUGUAAUUGGCAAAGGCAAUGUAAGGCAGUCCUUUUUGUAGCUGGAUUCAAGCCAAGAACCUCUACUCACAGCUGCCAAGCCUGGCAUCCCUACUGGCUCCAGGUGCAGCGCACUGGCAACAUGGCUACAAGUGCCGUUCCCAGCGAAAACCUGCCCACGUACAAGCUGGUCGUUGUUGGAGAUGGUGGUGUGGGCAAGAGUGCUCUCACUAUUCAGUUUUUCCAGAAGAUUUUUGUGCCAGACUACGACCCAACUAUUGAAGACUCCUACCUGAAGCACACGGAAAUAGAUGGGCAGUGGGCAAUUCUUGAUGUUCUGGAUACUGCAGGCCAAGAGGAGUUCAGUGCAAUGCGGGAGCAGUACAUGAGGACUGGAGAUGGUUUCCUCAUCGUCUACUCGGUGACAGACAAGGCCAGCUUCGAGCACGUGGACCGGUUCCACCAGCUGAUCCUGAGAGUCAAGGACAGGGAGUCUUUUCCAAUGAUUUUGGUGGCAAACAAAGUUGAUCUAAUGCACUUAAGGAAAAUUACAAGAGAACAGGGGAGAGAAAUGGCAACAAAACAUAACAUUCCUUAUAUAGAAACCAGUGCCAAGGACCCACCUCUGAACGUGGACAAGGCCUUCCAUGAUCUCGUGAGGGUAAUAAGGCAACAGAUCCCAGAGAAAAGUCAGAAGAAGAAGAAAAAGACCAAAUGGCGAGGGGACAGAGCCACGGGCUCCCACAAACUCCAGUGUGUGAUUUUGUGACAGGACACCCUGGGAGUGCCUUGGAUGCCUCCCUCCUCCCCUCCUGACCCCCCAGCAGCCCGGGUGAGGAGCUGCAGCUCGAUGCUGAUGCCCACAGGGCCCCGUGGCCCCCGGGCUCCUACGGCGGCUCAGACACGGAGCGGGCGGCUCAAAGGGUCCGGACCCUGGAGAGGAGCUGCGCGUCAGGGCCAGCGUGGGAGCUGUGCCAAUGGGAGGCAGAAGGGAUCAGCAGGACCUCAACUCUCAAACAUCCCCAGCACCUUCCAGGGGCCUCCAUGAUGUUUAUAAAAACAAAAAAAAAAGCCGAGGCAGAAGUUAAAAAAAAAAGUGUUGGUUUUAUCUGCAAACAUUUCUCUUUGUGACCCAUUUCUGAACAGCCUUGAAUAGCCCCCCUAUUUGGUAUAGUUGUCUGUGUGUGUGGGGGAAGGGAAAAGGGUUUUUCUUUCUCUUAAUUUUUUUUUGUCCUCUUCUUCCUUUUUGUUGUUUGCUCAGCAAGUGUUGGGUUGCAAAGAAACAACGGUCAGGCUUAGAUUUUUUGCACUGGACUCUCUCUUGGGCAGCAGUGCCAAAACACAGCUUCAUAUGAAAGUGCAUAGAUUUGGAGGAAGAAAAUUAAUUCCAGCUGCUCUGGGUGCUCCAGACAUUGUGUCAGACUCUGGAGGGUUGCCAGCUCACAGACCAUAAAACUCCAGUUUAGGAAAGGAGGUUUGGGCUUGGAUUAUAUAUUUUUUUUCUUACCCUUUGUCAAGAGGUUUUGUUUCUGUUUUGUAACUUCGGACAUGUCAAACUUAAGACAUUUUGUUAACCUGGAAGUAUUUAAAUUAAAGUAAUUUACAAAUGGAAGGGUAUGUCAUUUUUGGGGGAGGCGGGUGGAGGGGAAGGGAGAAAGGAAGUAAAAUCUGAACUGAAUU